AUGAGUAUUUUCGCAAUUGGAUGUAUACCUGGAGGACUGAAUCUACUGGUUCAGCUGAAAAUUGAUCUCUAUUUGGUUUCUGUUUUUUUGUUUGGUUUUGCCGGCCGCUCGUCCUUCGUAUGCUCAUCCAUCUUGGCUGCUCUGCUUGCCUGCUUCUCCUCUCUAACUCAGGAGGGAGCAGCAGGCAUAGAAGAAAUCCCAAGCCAAUUUUGCUCAGCUGUAGCAUCUUCCACUGACAAUAAGUCUGCACAGCAGCCUGGUGAGGCUGAUGUUCUUGCUCAGUAUAAGCCAACAAUGGAGAAACUGACCAAGCUAUCUUUCAUGAUCAGUCAUUCAGCCCAUUUUCUUGAACCUGCACUACAACGAGAGAUCUGGACUGCUUCUUUGUGGCUUCCAAACUUGAAAUGUUUGUUUGGAAGUUAGUUUAGAUUUUUGUUGUGGAUUCACAGCUUCUCACAUGUACCAUCCUCUUAGACCUUUAGAUUUCCAAAGAAACUAAGUGAAGGUAUGGUGGUAUGGUCUCAAUAGUACAACUUAAAGCCUUCCAUGCUUUA